UUCUUCCGUCUCCGUCUUCUGAGUUCUGUUGUCAAAUUAGGGUUUUGGAUUUUGGGGGAAGAAGAUGUGGUUUCUUUGUGUCUUCUAUCACAGACUAUUAGACUUCAGAAAGCCAGAAGUUGAAGCUUUAGCUGAACUCUUCGGAGAAGAGAUUGCAGAGAAUGAGUCUCUUCAAUGGCGUCUACCUGAAAAUCACCAUAACGAUACUCCAUUCCACUUCGUUCAGCUUUCAUCUGAAGAAAUCGCUCGUAAUAUUGCUAAGAGAAGCAUAUUGGUGAAAGGAAUGUAUGAGCUUUGGGGUGAAGGGACUUGUUAUGAAGAGCUUCAAGACUCGAUUCAAAGUUACCCUGAUUCUCGGAAGCUUCCUUUUCUCACUUCUGGUUCAACCUUUAGGAUCUCUGUUGAAACUUUCGGAAAGGCUUUAACUUUUGAAGAGCAGAAGGAUCGAAUCCAGUCACUUACUUAUAUCCCAUUUGAGGGUCGAGUUAACUUGAAGAACCCAGAUCACAACUUUUUUCUGAUGGAGAUGAUUGAAUCUGAAGAGAACAAUGGACUUCAACCUAUUCUACAGAGAAGGAUCUUUUUUGGGAGGGAGGUUGGUUUUGCUGAUAGGAAGCUUUUACCUACAUUUCAGUUAAAAUCUCGUACUUACCUUGGCCCAACUGCUAUGGAUGCUGAAAUGGCUUUCUUAAUGGCUAACCAAGCCAAAGCUACUUUGGGGAAACUAGUGUAUGAUCCUUUCGUUGGUACUGGGAGUAUUCUUGUCUCUGCUGCGCAGUUUGGCGCAAUGACUAUGGGUGCAGAUAUUGAUAUCAGAGUAGUUCGUGAUGGACGUGGUCCAGAUUGUAAUGUUUGGAGUAAUUUCAAGCAGUAUGGAUUACCUACGCCAGUUGCUCUACUUAGAAUGGAUAAUAAUCUUCCUCCUUGGCGUUCUGGGCUAAAAGAGAUCUUUGAUGCAAUUAUCUGUGAUCCACCUUACGGAGUUCGAGCUGGUGGACGUAAAUCUGGUGGCAGGAAAAUCCUAAGAGGAACAGUGGACCCUUACACUGUCCCUGAUGAUAAAAGAGCAGAUCACAUUCCAUCCACUGGUGCCUAUAGUCUAGUUGAGUGUGUUCAUGAUCUGCUUCACCUUGCUGCAAGAAUGCUGGUAAUGAAAGGCAGGCUUGUCUUUUUCUUCCCGGUUUUGAGAGAUGAGACUGGCGGGGAGGUUAAGUUCCCUGAGCACCCGUGUUUCAAGUUAGUUGCGGUCUCUGAACAGAUCCUGAGCUCGCGAUAUAGUAGGGUCCUACUAACUAUGGUGAAAGUAGAGCCUUAUAGUGAAGAGAUUGAAGAAGCUGCUCGUUUAAUGCAUUUAGAGUUUAGAGAGAAUCAUCUUAGGUGGUUAGAAGAUGGUAAUAUUCAUUCCUCUGUGUUUAAACCCAUUGAUUCUUCUCAGAUUCACACUGAUCCCAAAACCUUCAAAGAUCCAAAACCUAAGUAUAGAGGGAAGUAUGUGUAACCCAUUGAGUUUGUGUUAAUUCUGUUGUAUUCUGUUGGAUUCUUUUUUAUCCUGAACGUUGUCUUUCUUGUUGUUCUAAUACAAAUAGAGUUAUUGGCAAACAAAUGUGUUAACAAAUUACAAAGAAAGGAGAUAAAGAAACCA